AUGUUUGAAGCAAUGAAUACGCCUUCCUAUGCCAUUUUGUUUCUGGUUGCUGCUCUAUUCAGUCUUGGGAGACGUUUAGCGCGAAAAACAGCAACUGGGGCUAGUCUGCCACUUCCUCCUGGUCCCCCUACAUUUCCCAUUGUAGGCAAUGCAUUGCAACUUGACUCUGUUGCACCAUGGGAGACUUACAUGAAAUGGAGUAAAACCUAUGGUGAUCUUAUCUACUCCCGCCUCCUCAAUCAGGAUGUCAUCAUCAUUAACUCAGAAAGAAUUGCAAGGGAUCUUCUUGAUAGACGUUCGUACAACUAUUCAGAUAGGCCUAUGCUUGUUACGACAGAACUUUUUGGUUGGACAUUCAAUGUGGGCUUUUUCUGCUACGGUGAUAAGUGGAGAAAACAUAGACGGAUGAUGGAUGAUAAGCUGCGGUCGACUGCAGCACUUGCCUAUCGCCCUCUGCAAAUGCGCAAGGCACAUCAACUCCUCAUUGAUAUACUUGAAGCACCCAAUGAAUUUGUGCACCAUUUACAGAUGAUGACCGCAUCUACAAUGAUGUUAAUCACGUAUGGUUAUGAGGCAGAACACCGUGACGAUCCUCUUGUUGACCUUGUUGAGAAUGCUGUUAUGCAAGGUCUGAAAGUCAUGACACCUGAAGCGGCUGCUAUCCUUGGUGCCUGGCCAUUUCUUUUGUAUCUUCCCUCUUGGUUUCCUGGAGCUGGGUUCAAAAAAAAGGCGCAGGAGUCCCGUAAUAUGUUGAACGAGAUGGUUGAGAAACCAUUUGAAUAUACAACAUCGCACAUGGAUUCCAACGAGGCCACAGCGUGCAUGGUUUCCGACGUUCUUGGUCAAAUCAAGGAUGAGGGCAACUAUGUUGAUCUUGAUGUAGUUAAAAAUGUCGCAUCUACUUUAUUUGCUGGGGCGUCAGAGACUACAACCGCUACUCUGGUCAGCUUUAUUCUCGCCAUGGUCCUUUAUCCGAACGUUCAAGAGCAAGCGCGAGCGGAGAUUGAGUCUGUCGUGGGUAGGGACAGAUUGCCUAACUUUGACGACAGGGAUUCUUUACCUUAUGUUGAAGCUGUAGUCCGUGAGACGCAGCGGUGGCAUCCUAUUGCACCCUUGGGCGUUGCUCAUGCCGCUGUGAAUGACGAUAUCUAUGAGGGAUAUUAUAUUCCGAAAGGUCAAUUACUUUUGUUCCCUGUAGCAGACAAGCUCCUUACUUGGGAUUCCUUUUCAGGAGCUACAGUCAUUGCAAAUGCUUGGGCAAUAUCGCAAAACGAAGCCAAUUACCACAAUCCCUCAGACUUCAAUCCUCAGAGGUUUUUCACAGUCGAUGGAAAACUCAACGAUGACAAGGUCCUUUAUGCAUUUGGGUUUGGCAGGCGCAUUUGUGUCGGCCGCCACCUAGCUGAUGCAUCACUAUGGGCCGCCAUAGCGUCUUUAUUAGCUGUCUUUAAGUUUAGCAAAGCUUUGGACGAGCAAGGCAAAGAGAUUAACAUUGAACCACAAUGGACAGCCGGACUCACAGCUCGUCCGUUUCCAUUUGCUUGCAAUAUCCAGCCAACUAUUACCAUGGAGAAGUUGCAUCAGAUGAUCGACCAGUUUGCUUGA